GUACUACACCGCUUGAUCACAAGUCUUUUAUCGCCAUCUGUGCGCAAGGAUGCUCUCUUAGCAUGGGUUCCAUGCAGCGUAUCGGUAGCAAUGGAAGUCGACACAAAACUUGCUCCCACACCAGCACCAGGGACUUCUUCCGUCAAGUAUCUAUCACCGCGCCCAGCUCGUAAAUCUGCAACUGCAUCAGCAGAGGCUGAGCUCUAUGUCCAUCUUCUUGUGCUGCUAUAUUUAGUAGAUCAGAACAAGCUAGAUGACGCAAAGAAAUGCGCUGAAAUGUUGAUUGUUCGUGCUGAUGCGCUAGACAAAAGAUCUCUUGAUCCUCUUGUAGCUAAGGGUAUCUUCUAUCUGGCGCUGAUUUACGAAAGACAGCACAAGUUGCACGAGCUUGGAUGUUUCCUAAACUCCCGCCUUCGCACUGCAACUUUACGACGCCAAAGGGAAUCACAAGCAGUUCUAAUAUACACUCUUCUUCGUUGUUAUCUGAUUAAUAAGCAAUUCCAGUCUGCUGCCAAGCUCGUUUCCAAGGUCACUUUUCCUGAGGGAGCUAACAACAACGAUUUGGCCCGUUUCUUAUACUAUCAAGGCCGCAUAAAAGCUCUCCAACUUGACUAUAUUGCUGCAGCUGGCUAUUUCCUACAGGCUAUGCGAAAAGCCCCACAGGAGGCUGCUAUAGGAUUCAAGCAAAAUGUGCAGAAAUGGAUUAUCGUGAUUGGGCUGCUCCAGGGAGAGAUACCUGAGCGCUCGAUUUUCCGUCAACCAAUAUACCGAAAAUGUCUUCAUCCAUACUUAGAGCUCACUCAAGCCGUUCGCUUGGGAGACCUUGCAAAGUUUAACGCUGUGGUCAAGCAUCAUGGACCAGAGGUAUGUAUUACAUUUGAACGUGAUGAGACUCUCACUUUGAUAGUCCGACUCCGACAGAACGUCAUCAAGACGGCUGUGAAACAGAUCUCAUUGGCUUACUCGAGGAUUACUAUAAAAGACAUCGCCAAGAAACUGGGAAUGAGCAAUGAAGUAGAAACCGAAUAUUUGGUAAGUGCG